AUGGGGUCUAACCUGACUGAGCCCCCAGACGGCUGCUGGGGCGUGUGGGGCGAGACGUGCCGCGUGGUCACCGGGGCAUCCUUUGCUCAUGGACCUGGGAGGGACACUGAUGCCCUUGGUGCGGCGCUGUCCUCUCCAGCGCUCUGUCCUCAGAGCCACGGAGGGCCGAGCCUGGAUGGAGAGGAUGAGGGCCUGGCACGGGAUCCAAGCACCCGGGGAGCCCAGCGCACACAGCGCUAUCACUAA